CAUGGCGUUUGGUGGUGUGUUUCCUCCUGGACAUGUGCCCAGUGUUUUAGAGCAAAUGUUAACAGAAAUAUCAUAUCACAGGACAAGAGAAAUAUCACAGUAUUCUAGAGAAGAGUCUGGUUUUGUGCUAUUGAAUCCAACAACAUUUUGGACAGAUUUGUUUGUACGUCAUUUCUUGUAUCAUUGUGAUGACAAAGUCCGAGAUGAUAUGUUAUUUUUCGUCCGAAAGCAUCAAAAAAGAACUAGUGCACGUUAUAUACCAAAAUUUGAGACUGCAAUUGAAGUUUUUCGAAGGGAUUCUAGGAAGUUGCCUAUAGGUGAUACAGAAAUUGACUGGGAAGAAACUGUUUAUUUAAAUUUAAUUCUACAACAGUUUGAAUACACUCUCACAUGUGCUGUCUGCACAAGAACAAGUCCAAAAGAUUUACAAAUAUUAAAAAGACAAUCUCAGAGAGUUUACGCUUCUCCAAGCCAUCGAAGUAUGGAUUGUAAAGGUGAAAUGGAAGAAAUCAGUUACCCAAAUAUAUUUUUUACAAUUGAUAAUUAUGAUGAAGUAUUUGAAGAUAUUUUAGUAAGAGAUGGUGAGAUGGUUUGUGUAGAGCUUGUUGCUGCUGAUAAAGAAGGUAGCCUACAGAGCGUCAUAUUCUUGGGUUCAAUUCAUUACGAUGCUCUAAAGAGAGUUUAUGAUACUAGGGCUAGUUUAUCUUCACGCUUUGCUCAAAAAGUUUCCUUGGGCUGGUACCAAGGUCAGCAACGGUUGGAAUUCGUAAGAAUGAGGGGUCCCCAGGGCAAAGGUCAUGCUGAAAUGGCUGUUACGAAGCAAAAGGGAUCUGGUGUGGAAACUCCAACAUCUGAACCUGGCUACUCAAUUACAGAUUAUGACUGGGAUGAUAUGGAGGACAACCCUUAUAUGCAAAGAAGAAUGUCAGAUCCUAGUUCAAAUUUAAAUACAUAUGUCAGAAGUUGGAAAAGUAGACAAGAUAUUAAAAAGUCUCAAUCUGAAACAGAAGUAGACUAUUAUUCAGAUGGUAUAAAUGAGAUUGAAGCAGGUGAUAUAAGGGAUGACAUGAGUUUAGAUUGUAAUUUGCCUUGUACCUUGAAGAGAAAAGGCAAUAUUCCUAAAAAGAUUCUGAAUAAAAAAGCUCAAUCUCACAAGGAGCAAACAGAUCAUAAAUCGAAGAAAGAUAUCAUUCAUGUUGAAAUUAAAGAAUGUAAACAGUCAAAAAAUAAAACAAAUGCUCCCAAAGAUUAUGCAGACAUGGAUGGAUCUUUAAAUGAACUGGAUGAUACUACUUAUAAUCGUCUUUGGACAAUGAGGGGUUUUGGUCAAGCUUAUCAUUUUUGGAAAGAAUCUAGGCGUGCAAGUUCUCCUGCUCUGCAUGCCUAUCUCACAUAUGUAACACUGCCUUGGCAUUCCAUUAUUUCAGAUGUUCUAGAUUCAAGACAGCAACCAGUAUUGACUUUCUAAUAUUAACUCACUGUUAGAACUUUGUUUUGGAAAUUUUUUAAAUUUUCACAAUUUUUUAUGCAAUAAAUAAAUGUUUGUAUAUAUUUUUGUUGAUAUAUAUUUCUAGUCAAAUGGUUGUAA